AUGCCUCGCCGCCUCCUCCUCCUCCUCCUCCUCCUCCUGGCCCUCGCCUCCUGCUCCUGCCACAUCGCCGCCGCCCCAGCGAACGCCACAUCGCCGCCGCUCGCCUGCUCCGAGCCGUCGCGCGUCUGCACGGCAUUCCUCGCCUUCCCGGCCUCCGCCUCCGCCGCCGCCAACGCCAGCGUCCUCGCGUCCAUGUUCGACGCCGCGCCGGGCGACCUCACGGCCGACGCCGCCGCCAGCCCGGGCUACGCCUUCGUGCGCAAGAACUGCUCCUGCCUCGCCUCCCGCACCUACCUCGCCAACACCACCUACACCCUCCCCUCCGCCGCGCCGCCCCCCAACGCCACCGCCACCGCCGCCCAGGUGGCCGUCGCGGCGUACGCCGGCCUCGCCGUCCCGCCGCCGGGCGGGGCCCAGCGCCCGCCGCGCGCCGGCGCCGUCGUCGCGCUCCACCUGAUCUGCGGCUGCUCCUCCGGCCCCUGGAACUACCUCCUCACCUACGUCGGCGCCCAGGGCGACACGGUGGAGUCCCUGUCGAGCAGGUUCGGGGCCAGCAUGGACGCCAUUGAGGCCGCCAACGGCAUGGCCGGCCCUGACCCCAUCAGCACCGGGAAGGUCUACUACAUCCCGCUCAACUCAGUUCCUGGUCAGCCUUAUGCUAUGACAUCUCCUGCCCCCGUUCCUGCAGCAGCACCCACACAAAAUACUUUGUCAGAGAUAUCAGGUCAUCAUUCAGCAAAAUUCCCUUAUGGAUGGGUUAUUGGCAGCAUGGGAGUUGCACUUGCUUUAAUCGCCAUUGCUCUCCUUGCAAUUUUGAUGUGCAAAUCCUUCCAAUACAAUCACCAAGCUUCCAAUAACCAGAGAAAGAGUCCAGAUCAGCCUAUGUCACAUAACUUUCAACUUCUUAAGAGUGGUAGUUUUUGUUACGGUUCUGGAAGAUACUUGUGCUGCCAAUUCGGUAAUGCGAAGCAGUCAAAAAAGGGUGGUGAAGAUCAUUGUAUCAAUGUUCCAAAAGGUAUGGUAGUAGACGUGUUUGAUAGAGAAAAGCCUAUUGUGUUUACAUAUGACGAAAUACUCGCAUCGACCGAUCUAUUUUCUGAUGCAAAUCUGCUGGGUCAUGGUACAUAUGGCACUGUUUACUAUGGUGUUCUUCGAGAUCAGGAGGUCGCAAUAAAGAGAAUGACAACGACUAAUACUAAAGAGUUCAUAGUUGAGCUGAAAGUUCUUUGCAAGGUUCAUCAUGCCAGUCUGGUAGAGUUGAUUGGGUAUGCAGCAAGUAAGGAUGAGCUGUUCCUGGUUUAUGAGUACUCCCAAAAAGGUUCACUGAAAAACCAUCUUCAUGAUCCUCAGAGCAAAGGUCACACAUCACUUUCUUGGAUUUAUAGGGUCCAAAUUGCACUUGAUGCUGCUAGAGGAUUGGAGUACAUUCAUGAGCACACAAAGGAUCAUUAUGUUCAUAGAGACAUCAAAUCGAGCAACAUCUUGCUCGAUAGUUCUUUCAGAGCGAAGAUUUCGGAUUUUGGUCUUGCCAAACUGGCGGUAAGGUCCAAUGAUGCAGAGGCUUCUGUCACCAAAGUUGUGGGUACUUUUGGUUAUUUGGCCCCAGAGUACCUGAGGGAUGGCCUGGCAACUGCGAAAUGUGAUGUUUAUGCCUUUGGUGUCGUACUUUUUGAGUUAAUAUCUGGAAAGGAGGCUAUUACAAAGACUGACGCGAUCAGUGCAGGUUCAAACUCUGAAAGGCGUUCCUUGGCAUCAGUUAUGUUGACCGCAUUAAGGAAUUGUCACAAUCAAACAUGUGUUGAGAGCUUGAAAGAGUGCAUUGACCCUAAUCUAAUGGAUCUAUAUCCUCAUGACUGCAUGUACCAGAUGGCCAUCCUAGCGAAACACUGCGUCGAUGAAGAUCCUGUUCUACGGCCGGACAUGAAACAGGCAGUGAUCACCCUGUCGCAGAUACUGCUUUCGUCCCUCGAAUGGGAAGCGACGCUUGGUGGGAACGAUCAAGUGUUCAGUGGUCUGGUGGCCGGGAGGUGAUCCUGUAAAAAACUGGCUGGCUUGCUGCUGUGUGCUCUUCGGUAUUCUCCUUUCCUUGUCAGCUAGAGGAAUACUCUCUAUAAUCUUGUCCCAAGUUUCACUGGUUCCUUGUCCAGUCGAGCAAGCUUUCCCUAGCAUCAUGGAGAGUAUCGAGCACCGUGCAUAUGUUAUUUGGUGGUCGUACAGUAUGUAACUAUGUAUGUAUGCCGGAAUGUGCCUUCUAA